GGGAGGCUGUGGUCUCUCGGAGUUUGAGGACUCGCAGAUUUUGCCCAAAGCCCCAGCUUCCCUUCUCUAAGGAGCUCGGCCUGCGCGCCGGUAGCCUGAAAGGUGCGGUUCUCGCACACAGGGCUACAAAAGGGUCUCUGUUUCUCGUGGCCACAAUGAAAAACGUAGGCAGCCGUGAUCUGGUAACUGCCACACUUCCCAGAGUCAAGAGCUCAAAAGAAUGGCUGGAACCACAGCUUGCCUUCACCGAGGCCUUAGCUAAAGAAGACAUUGAUGCAGCUAUUCAAUCUAUCUUAUGUAGAGAAAAGUAUAUAAUUAAGGAAUUUGAUAAGUAUUUGCAACAUCAUGACUUAUUAAAUACGAGAAGAAAAGAGAUGUUAUAUAAAAGAUGGGUUGACCAUGUGGCAGAUCCUCUCCAGAAGAAAAUUAUAGACAAAGUUUGUUCACAUAAGAAGAUUAAAAAAAGGAGACAAGAGGAAUUAGAUAGUUUUCUGAACUACGUAAAUAAAAAGGGAAAUGCAUUUAUACAACAUUAUGAUCCAAAAGAAUAUGAUCCUUUUUGUAUGAGCAAAGAAGACCCCAAUUUCAUGAAAGUUAUCAUCCCACCGUUUCGUGACCCUCUGAAAAAAGCACAAUGUGACAAGGAUGAUGAAAGAAGAACUCUCCUUCAGUGUGAGACUGGCAAACUAUAUACAAUGAAAGAAUUUAAAGAAAUUGAGAAGAUCCAGUCCAGAUUCCCAAUAAUUUCUAAUUCGAGGCACUUUAUGACUCCAAAUGAGUGGCUGAAACUGCCUACAAGAUACAUAGAAAGUGAAUUUUGUAAAAGGAGCAGGUUAAAAGUGAAAGUGAAUGUUAAUGCUAGUAGUCUUGAUUGGAAACCCUCGGCAAGAGCGCCUCAUCUGACGGAAUACCAAGAAGAAAAGUCAGUCACUUACAAGUCUCAGCAAUCAAGGAGCAUACAGUGGGAAGGGGACACAGGACAGCUGCUUCAGGAGUUUACCUGCAAGCAGGAAUCCUGCAGCUCAAUGCCUACAGCAAUUAAGAGACGGCAAUACCAUGGAUGGACAGUUAUUGCAAAGGUAUUAGCUAGAGAAGACAUUGAUGAAGCUGUACAUGCAAUAUUAUUUAGAGAAAAUUAUGUUGUGAAGAGAUUGGAUACAUUUUUUCAGCAUCUGGAUACUUUUAAGGAAAGAAGAAAAGAGAUGUUACACAGAAAAUGGAUUAUGAAUGUCGCAGAGCCCAUUCAACAGAGAAUUAUGGGAAAAGUAACUUCAAACAGAGGAGCUGAAAAAAAAAAGCGAGAGAACUUUGAAUGUUUUUUAAAAUCCACAGAUAAAACGGCUCCAGUCCCUCCGUUUUGUGGUCCUCUGCUGCGAAGACAGCAAAAGGCAGAGGAAGAGGCCAGAGCCAGCCGUCGAUAUGAGACAGGAAAACAAUACUUCGCCAAAGAGCUCAAGGAAACCAAGGACAGACUGCACGCCAAAUGGCCCCCGUUCAUUUUCACUCUGCAAAACGUGGUUCCGAAAGAGUCUCAUAAAGCCUCUGGGGUACCCAGGAAAAGUAAGGCAUUCAGUCCUGAAAGGCCUCUCUGUAUGGAAAAGAAGCGUCUGUUUGGUAAGGAGAAGACGACCGACCUCAGCCAGCUUGCUUUUGAAAGGCAGUUCCGUGUCUCCCAGCUCCGCAAGAACAAAGAGGCUGAGAAGAGGGGUCUGUGGUGCUGGGAUUGAACCUCAGGCCUCGUGCUUGCCAGGAGAGCUGCCCCAGCCUUAAGAGGUGUUUUAUAUGCAGGGAUUUUGCCAUCAGUUUUCCACCCAGUGCUCACGGCUUGGUGGGCACAGCAGCUCCUGGCCUGCGCCCCCAUCCCUCCCCCACAGCCCUGAGGCCUGAGGUUAGCCCCUGGGGAAGCGCCUGCCGUAGGCCAAGGGUCCAGGACCUGGUGUGAGUGGACAGCGGCACGUCUUUGAUUUCUCCUUCCACCAGCCACACGCAGAGGGCCAAGGACCAUCUCCUCUCUCCAGUUUGAAAACCUGGUUGGAUAUUUUGGGACCCAGCUUCUCCUCAGCCUGUUGUUCUCCCAGUCUCUCUGGAGCCAAAUGAAUUCUCCUUAGAUGGCAGGUUACCAGACUGCUUUCCUCAUCAGCUCUUUCUGAGCAUAAUUAUAUUUGAGAGCAAAGGAGCUCCCCCCCCAUUCAAUUUUUUAAAAUAUUGAAUGUGGGUGAUGAUUUCAUGUACAUAAUAAUAUAUCCUUCACUCCACCUUGUGACUGUGUGUGGUGAGAACACUUAAGACCCACUCUCUCAGCAAGUUUCAGGUCCAGUUGUCCCUUGGUAUCUGUGGGGAUUGUUUCUAGGAUGCUCUGAAUCCCACAGCAUGUGACACUCGAGCCCCUUAGAUAGACGGUGUAAUUUUUGCACAUACCCCAUGCACAUCCUCCUAUGUACUUUAAGUCAUCUCUAGAUUACUUAAGAUGCCUAGAUCAAUAUAAAUGCACUUUUAAAUAGUUCUGAUGUAUCGUUUAGAAAGUAAUGAUCAGGGAAAAAAGUCUAAAUGUUCAGUACAGAUAGUUUUUCCCCCAAAUAUUUUUGAUCUGCAGUUGAUUAAAUCCAUGGAUGAGGAAUCCAUGAAUAGGGAAGUCCAACCGUAUAUAAUAGAGUAUUAAUAACUUAGUCACCAUGCUGUACAGUGGGUCUCUAGAGCGUCAUGAUUAAAAGUGGACAGCUUUUGACCAAGGUCUCCUCCUUUUCCCACCUCUCACCUGCUCUCUGAGUUCAGCUUUUUUAGAUUUCACACAUCAACCAGUUUUUGCAGUGUUAAUCUUUCUGGGACUGGCUUGUUUCAUUGGGAAUGAUGUCCUCCAAGUUCAUCCAUGUUGUUACAAAUGAUAGGACUUCCUUGUCUUUACCAAUUCACCUUUCAAUGGACACUUAGUUUACCUGUCUUAGCUGUUGUGAAUAAUGUUGCAAUAAACAUGGCAGUGAAAAUAUC